UGCGGGCUAGUUUGCCGAAGCUUUGUGUAAGUUGCGGGCGUGUGACCGGUGACCAGUUUUAGUAGUUUCCAUUGAUACGAUUUAAUUUAAUUAAAGCACGAUGAAAGCGCCGACGCCGAUUGCAUCCUCAAUGGGCGGUACUGGUGACAGGGCGAGCUAUAAGGACAAGGAUAAGCCGUCGCAAGUACGCCACAGCAACAUCACCGCUGCCAAAGCUGUUGCUGAUGCUAUACGCACAAGUUUGGGACCACGGGGCAUGGACAAAAUGAUCCAGGCAGCCAACGGGGACGUCACCAUCACGAAUGAUGGUGCCACCAUCCUGAAGCAGAUGCAGGUGCUCCACCCAGCUGCCAAGAUGCUGGUGGAGCUCUCCAAAGCGCAGGAUGUGGAGGCUGGCGAUGGCACCACCACGGUCGUGGUCAUCGCAGGCAGUCUGCUGGACGCUGCAGCCAAGCUGCUUCUCAAAGGCAUCCACCCCACGACCAUCUCGGACUCGUACCAGUCGGCAGCAGUCAUGGCCGUAGAGGUUCUGACGGGUAUGGCGCACCCCCUGGACCUGGCAGACCGGGAGUCGCUGCUCAAGAGUGCCACCACGGCUCUCAACUCCAAGGUUGUGUCGCAGCACGCUUCGCAGCUGGCGCCCAUAGCUGUGGAUGCGGUGCUUAGGGUGGUGAACCCGGCGAAGGACACGAACGUGGACCUGCGAGACAUCAAGGUCACCCGCAUGCUUGGUGGCACGGUGGAGGACAUGGAGCUGGUUGAUGGUCUGGUCUUCACUCAGAAGUUGGCUGGCAGCGGGGGCCCUCACCGUGUGGAGAAGGCCAAGAUUGGCCUCAUCCAGUUCUGCAUCUCUCCCCCGAAAACUGAUAUGGACCACCAGGUGAUAGUGAGCGACUAUGCAGCCAUGGACCGGGUGCUGCGGGAGGAGCGCACCUACAUCCUCAACAUCAUCAAGCAGAUCAAGAAGGCCGGCUGCAAUGUCCUCCUGGUGCAAAAGUCCAUCCUCCGUGAUGCCCUGAGCGACCUGGCGCUGCACUUCCUCGCAAAGACAAAGAUCCUCGUUGUCAAAGACAUUGAGCGGGAGGACAUCGAGUUUGUGUGCCGCAGCCUGGGCUGCCGCCCCAUCGCCUCGCUUGACCACUUCACCGCAGAGGCGCUGGGCUCGGCCGAGCUCGUCGAGGAGGUGACCACGGGCAGCGCCAAGUUUGUGCGCGUGACGGGCGUGGCCAACCCGGGUCGCACCGUCAGCAUCCUGGUGCGCGGGUCCAACAAGCUGGUCCUCGAGGAGGCAGAGCGGUCGCUUCAUGACGCCCUCUGCGUGGUGCGCUGCCUUGUGAAGCGCAGGGCUUUGAUAGCGGGAGGAGGAGCUCCCGAGAUGGAAAUGUCACUGCGGCUCGGCGAGCGGGCGCGCACCCUGCGGGGCCUGGAGGCCCACUGUGUGCGGGCCUUUGCCGAGGCCCUGGAGGUGGUGCCCUACACGCUGGCCGAGAAUGCCGGCCUGCACCCAAUUGCCACCGUCACAGAGCUCCGCAACAGGCACGCGCAGGGAGAACGUGAUGCUGGCAUCAACGUGCGCAAGGGCUCUGUGACCAACAUCCUGGAGGAGAAUGUGGUGCAGCCCCUGCUGGUAUCUGUGAGCGCCAUCACUCUGGCGGCCGAGACCGUGCGCAGCAUCCUCAAAAUAGACGACAUUGUCCAGACCGUGCGCUGACUUGCAAAAACACCAUCAACACAUCGGCCAGGCAGCAGCUGGGCUCUGCCUCUUCGUCUCUCACCCGAAGCCAAGAAGAAAGCAAGACAUUUUGUGGCGAGCCCAUCAACAAGGGCCGGGCUUCGCUAAAUAAAAGCGCUUUCUGAACUAUU